AUGUUUGAUUCUCAUGGUUUCACUGAAUUCUAUGCAGCCAUAGCAGUAUCUGGUUUGGCGCUUUUGCACCACCGACAUCCUUCCCUUGAACUCGAUGUUAUAAUCGUCGUAUCCAUCGCCUUGAUUCUCUCCGUCUUUCUAGUUAUAGUAAUGCUUCGUCGGCUUAAAUCCGUCAGCAAAAGCUGCAGCUGCAAAGAAAGUCGUGGUGGCAUCCACAACACCAGCUGCAGGUUCGUUCCUACACAUACUACCAUAGAUUUCAACUCUAGUCCAGAUGGGAAGCCAAAUUGUCUAUACGGCGGGAGUAUGCCUAAACCGGCUAUAAGUAGAUACAGAGGGGUACAAGUUUUCACUUACAAGGAGCUCGAAUUGGCCACCGAUAACUUCAGCGAAGCAAAUGUUACCAGGAAAGGAGGGUCGAGUGUGGUGUAUAAAGGGGUCCUUGUUGAUGGUACCGUGGUGGCCAUUAAGAGGCUUCACCGUGAUCGAAAGCGAGGGGAGCGUGCUUUCAGGAUGGAGGUGGAUCUGCUAAGCCGGUUGAAGUCUCCUUAUUUGGUGGAGCUAUUAGGAUAUUGUGCAGACCAGCACCAUAGGCUUCUGAUAUUUGAAUUCAUGCCCAAUGGUACUCUGCAACAGCAUCUUCAUCAUCCCGGCAGUGAAUAUAGGCCGUUGGAUUGGGGAAGCCGGUUAAGGAUAGCCCUUGAUUGUGCUAGAGCCCUCGAGUUCCUCCAUGAGCAUGCUACCCCUACUGUUAUCCACCGUGACUUCAAGUGCACCAAUGUAUUACUGGGCCAACACCUCCGUGCCAAGGUGUCCGAUUUCGGAUUGGCCAAAAUUGGGUCGGAUAAGAUCAACGGUCAGAUUUCGGCACGCGUUCCGUGGUCCACGGGAUAUAUAGCUCCAGAAUAUGCAUCAACAGGCAAACUCACCACGAAAUCAGAUGUCUACAGCUACGGUGUGGUGCUUUUACAGCUUUUAACCGGUCGAGUGCCGGUGGAUAUCAAGAGGCCUCCCGGAGAACAUGUCCUUGUUUCAUGGGCACUUCCAAGGCUAACAAACAGAGACAAAGUAGAAGAAAUGGUUGAUCCAGCCAUACAAGGACAAUAUUCCAAGAAGGAUCUAAUUCAGGUGGCUGCUAUUGCCGCGAUGUGUGUGCAACCGGAAGCCGAUUAUCGACCUUUGAUGGUUGACGUUGUACAAUCACUGAUCCCUUUAGUUAAAAACAUCAAUUCCGUAAAUUCCCCCGGUUUCUCUAGAUUCAAUCGUCGAACCACCGGUCCAAAGUAUUAGUAAUAUCUAUGGAAAUUGCAGAGCUACAUAACUCUGGUUGCAUGAAAAUGAAAAAUAAAGGUUCAUUAGACAUAGGCAAGCCUGUUUACAUUUAUAUUGUUGUAAGAGGGAUUAAUAAAGGCAAUAUUAUUUUAAUAUGGUGCAUGGUGCAUGGUGCAAGGAGAAUGGUGCUUAGUUCAGUUGAUCGACAUUCUGUAUGUUCGAAAUUCGAAUCUUCGAAGCAACAAACCAUGGCGAUCGCAGAAGAUAGAGAAAUCUUUAAACUGGGAAUCAAGAAGUGUCACAGAAGACUCAUAGGGAAGAGACAAAAGUAGAGGUUAGUGGAGCAAUGGCGAUUGCAGAAGAUAGAGACCUGCAAUUUCGUUUAAUCAAAGUGGUUUGCUGUUCGAAAACAACAAGACCUUCGGCAGCAAAAAAGGACAGUGGAACAAAACACAGAGUGUUUCGGUAUAAAAGACAACAAAGUGUCCAUUAGAGCAAACACCAUCCAUGAGGAUAGUGACUAAAGCUGUAGAAUGGGUUCUUAUUGCUCCACUAUUUUCACUUUUUAUCUGUA